GAUGAAGAGUUAGUAAACAGCCCAGCCAAUGAUGAUAAUGAGGAGAUGUACAGUAAUAGCUUAGACAAUAAUGAAGAAUAUGAAGAAACUAAUUCAUUAUCUGAUAUACCUCUUCAAAACCCAAAAAAACAGGAAUUAAAGCCAGCAAAACGUCAAAACCAAUGUGGGAAUUGUGGCGA